AUAUAACGAAAACAUUUUAUACUAGAAGUGUUUUAUUGAAUAUAUUAAACAGUGCCAGGAUCGCAUGUUUUUAAGUCAGCUAGAUAGAUGGUGGAUCUACACAUUCAAAUAAUUAACCUGUAGAGAUAGGCAUUAUUAUUUAGGGGAAGGAUGCAUUGCCUACUGUUGAAAAUUUUAACUAUUUAUAUACUGCAAGAACACAUUAUGUGUGUCACACUAUCGGCCUCUCCGAACUAUGUUUCUGCAUUCGUCGACAUUAAACUUAUUUGCAAAAAAGACGAACCCAUUGCAAAUGCGGCGUUUGUUUCAUUUGUUAGAAACUCGAGUAUAAUAGGCAGAGUCAGAUGUUCUCAAUUGUACAGAAACAUAAGAAAGUACUUUCCCGGACAAGAUAAUUUUGGAAGGUGCAAUUUUGGGGAUGGAUACUGUUGUGAUUUGAUGAAUAAUACAGUUACAUGGAAUUAUACACCUAGUUCAACGCCUAAAAAUGAUGAAACGUUUUACUGUGAGGUUAACGGAGAUAACGGUCAAUAUGGUAAUAGCACAACAGUGAGGCCUGCUGUGUUGUCAUAUGUAACAGUGUCGCCUUCAUCUACUGAAUAUAAAAUAACACAAGGGGGUACAGUAGAAAAUGUCACUUGUUCUGCUGUUUGCUGGCCAAUCUGCACUUUCCAAUGGAUUGGACAAAAUUAUAAGAACGACGGAGCUGAGCUCAUACUAAAAAAUAUUACCAUCUCUCAAUCUGGAAGAUAUCAGUGUCAAGCCAAUAACAGCAUACGAACAGACAGCAGUAAAUACAUUACCAUUAAAGUAUUGUAUGCACCAAAGACCGUUGACAUAUCCCCUUCAACAGAAAUAUAUACAAGAACAGAAGGUGGUUCGAUAAGCAUGAUAAUAUGUUCGGCUGAUUGCAAUCCUGUAUGUAACUAUACGUGGACAUAUCCAGACAACAGAACACAUGCGACGUCAUAUUUUUAUGAAUAUUCAUUAGAGAGGAAACAUCAUGGCGAAUACAAAUGUACAGCAACCAAUGAGAUUGGAUUUAAAGAGAAAUCAUUUACAGUAAUUGUAAACUAUGCCCCAUUUGAUGUCCAACUGUCACAAAAUAGCACGUCAUUUAUAGUGGAAGAGAAUAAACACGUUUUGAUCAAUUGUUCUGCAAACUGUAGACCACAAUGUGAAUAUCAGUGGACAGGACAAACUAACUGGUCAUUAUCAAACAACCAGUUAGUUAUAAGAUAUGCAAAAAAAGAAGAUAGGGGUUCUUAUAGAUGUGCAGCUAGAAAUAGUGUUGGAUAUAAAUAUUCAUCGUAUGUACUCGUGACCGUGCACUCAAGACCGACAAAAGUCAAAACUAUUGCUGCAAAAAUCCAAGGAUCUACCACCGUGUCUAUUGCAUGGAUACCAGAUAUGAGUGUGGUACCGAGACAGAAUUUUACAGUGCAGUAUAAAAGAAGGAACGACAUAGAUUUUUCAAACAUGCCAUUUGAAGAAUAUGCAAAUCAGCAAAAUAUUUACUUGUUACAUGUUAAAAGUCUAAUCCCCUCUUCAGAAUACGUAUUCAAGAUAUUGUCAGAAAAUUAUUUAGGUCGGACCGAAAGUACAGAAGUUAGAUUUGUAACCAGAGCUGAACCGAGCACUCUUAUACGCACUGAUCAAGUUGUCGGGAUUUCGUUGAUAUCAAUAGCUGUACUGUUGAUCAUGGUAACGUUGCUUUUAGUCCAGAGGUUUCUAUUAUCAAAACAACGUUCACAUACUUUACCUGAAGUUUCAAGAUGCAUAAGAGAUGGUACCACAACACUUAAAAGAUCAACAAAUCCUGAGGAAAGUCUAUAUGAAAUUACGAAUCUUCAACUUCUAAAUUUUGGAUGUUCAAGUGAAGCAUCACGGGAUAUUAACGAGACAACACAGGAGCUCGGGUAA